CGCGGCAGAAGAUACCGUUACUGGCGAUCGAUAUCGCGUCCCUCGCGAUCUCCCCGGCGUGUCCUCGACGCGGCGGCCUCUCGACGGCCACCCCCGAGGUCCAGGUGAAUCUUUUCGGGCCGGCCGCCAGUCGCGGCGACGACACUGGACGACAGCGAUAAGUUAGACGUGAUUCGCUGUUUGUUUUAUGUGCGUACCGUUUGCGUCUGUUGUUUCAUGGUUGUCAGGUUUGUCAGGAGGUGCCGACCGUGUGUUGCGCGGCUUUGAGCCGCUGACAAGCUUGGCCGCGCGAUCCUGGGAUUGUCCGGCAGAUUUAAUUCGACCGCAGAAUCUCGAGCGCCGAAGAGGAAAGCGAGGGGAGGUCGCGUUUCAAGCCGCUGAUAGUAUGACCCUAGGAAUUGCCGGCGAACUCGAUCUUGUUGCGUGGAGUCUCUGAUUAAAGGGACAAGUGCCGAGCAGGGAAGCCAAGGGUACGCAAGACUGAAGCGCAUUGACGCCGAGCCGCCCGCGACAGGAGAAUGGAAUGUUUGGAAAGAAUCGAUCACCCGGGGUCGUGGGUGAAGGAAAAGUACCAGGAGGUUCAGGAUUUGUUGAGGGAGCCCGAGGCGAAGUGCGACCCGAACAAGCUUUACGAGAGGAAGGUCAAAGCCGUGGAAAUUCUCAUGGAGAUACUGGAGGCGCUUACGCACUGCAAGGAGACCCUCUGCACCGUGGCGGCUGCGAUAACUUAUUUAAAUCUAGGUAUAUUGCAAGCUGACUUGGAGGACCGGGGCCUCGCCAAGGGAUACUUCAGAAAGUGCAUCGACCUGCUGGAGGAGAGCAAACUGACGGCCGAGGGCAUUCUGCCGGCCGUCAGCGUCAACAAUCAGUUGGGCCUAAUUUACGCGGAGAUAGGCUCGUACGAGGAGGCCAAGGAUUUCUUCAAGCAAGCCGAGCACUUGUACGUCGAGUUCAAGAGGGACGUCAGCCGCGAUCCCGUUCACAUGGUGACCAUCAUGGGCAUCGAGGAGAUAGAGGGGGACCUGUGCGCCAAGAGCAUUCUCGAGAAGCUUCACACGCUGACCCUGUAUUACUUGGCGCAGGUCUGCCGGCAGCUGGACGACAAGUGCAGCUUCGCUCUGUAUUGCCACAGGACGCUGAGCAAGCAGCUGAGUCAGAAUAAGAUCACGCAGGACCUGGAUUACGUCGACUGGGCCCUCAACGCCGCGACGAUAUCCCAGUACUUUAUAGAGCAGGACAAAUUCCCGCAGGCGAGGCACCACCUGGCCGCGGCGACCUACAUACUGGAGAGAUACUCGGAGAUCUUGAAGGCGAAAGGCACCAGGGAGACGAGCGAGAGCGUCGCCGCGGAAUACGAAAAUUACGAUCACAGAUCGGCGGACGUCGCCAGGUGCUGGGCCAAGUACGGCAUCAGUCUUCUGGGGAUGUCCAGGGAGAGAUUGUUGAAGAAGGCCGAGCAGGAGGAUCAGGAUUCGAGGCCCGCGGAGCUUCCCAACGAAGUCUGCAAGUAUUCGCAAACCGAGAUGAUGGAGGACCCGAGGUUUGUAGACCUGGAACCAGAACUGGAGUCCGUCACCAGUAAAAUCACGGACGGGUACCUGUUGGACUUCAACGAUGCUAGGUCGGUGUUCCUGAACGUUCGGAAGUGGCUGGCCGAGGCGAAGGAGUAUUACACUUUCGAGAAUCACGCGUCGGACUACGCCUGGAUCGCGCAAGAUCUCUCGCAGGCGUUCAAGCUCCUGGCGUUCUUCGAGGACAACGAGGACAGGCAGGCGAGAAUGCACAAGCGGCGGACGGACAUUCUGGAGGAGGUGAUCGAGGGGCUGUGCCCGCGGUUCUACCGCGUUAUCUGCCGGGAGAUCUGGGUCGAGCUGGCGGAAACGUACUCGGAGAUUCUCGACCUGAAGAUCGAUCGUUUGCAGGCGUCCGACGAGAAGCCGACGGCGCAGGUGGUGGCCAAGAUCGAGCGGCUGGCGAGGAGCAGCAUAAAGCACUACCAGUCGUACUUGAGUUCCCUGGAGACGAAAAAGUCCGAGGACGGAGUCGAGUCCUUCCCGGACGACCUGCUCUACCCGGCGUUGUACACGUACUUCCACGUGGGACGAUUGUACAACAAGAUCAUAACUUCUGACGUACAGCAAAAGAUAGAGAACAUGCAGAAGAGCACGGACGCUUACAGCUUCGUCGUUGAUUACUGCGACAAGCAUCCCGAAAAGCAGGACAAGUUCAACAAGUACGAAUUUAUAAAAUUGUCUCGGGAAUUCGUCACGCUGCUGCCGCUCACGUUGGACAGAUUGAAGCAGCAGCAAAUAAAUCAACAGUAACGUUACCUCUGCUCCUUUCUCACCUUACAUUUCCGUCAAACUGUGACGUUUCGUUCCUUUUCUCUUCCGCGAUUUUUUUACGAGUACAGAUUCUGCGAAGCAUGUAUUUAAAAUGAGUGCCGUGCGCUAGCCAUCGGCUCGUUCCCUCGUGUAUAUUUUAAUUAACGCACACAACAUUAAAGAUACAUUCACGACGAAAA